UCCUUUUCAGUUUUCUUUACACGGCAUGCAUUGGUACAUUCACUCUUCAACUUUUGAAUUCAAUGGGAAAGAACAAAAAAGUUAUGCCAGACACAGUAAUAAGCGUAGAAUACAAAGUCUCAAUGUAUUGUAACGCUUGUGAGAGAACCGUUGCAAAAGCCAUUUCCAAGUGUAAAGGAGUGGAAAAGUUCGUGACAGAUAUGAACGAACACCGUGUGGUGGUAACAGGUCGCAUUGAUCCAAAUAAAGUUUUGAAGAAGAUAAAGAAAAAGAGUGGCAAGAAAGUGGAGAUUGUGGAAAACAAGGAUGAGGAUUCAAAUGAUGGAUUCAAUAAUGAACGUGAUAGCAUUGUUUUGGUGCCACCUUGUUAUGUGUUUGAAAAAUAUUGCUGCAUUAGCACUGAAACUUUGAUGAUGUUCAAUGAUGAAAACCCUCAUGCAUGUGCACUAAUGUAGAGAUAGAAUUAAUUAGUCUCUUCAUACAUAGGAAAGGAAAACUACUUUUAUUAUUCCUUAUUCUUUUGAUUUUUUACUUGUAAAUAGAUUCUACCCUUUUCUAAAACAAAUUUUAAGUGUCAUGAUAUAGCCAAUUAAUGGCAAUAGUUACAUACAGCCCCACAAAAAUAAUAUGUAUGUAGAUAAUGUUUUUUUUUUAGUUUAAUUUUAAUGCACUAACUGUGUAAAAUAGUUUACAUAGUUACGUA